GUAUUGGACCAAGGGGCUAAGUCGAAGGAGAUACUUUCUAUACGACUGAAAUAACACUUGGUCUCGUAACUAGAUGGGCGGUGCUGUCACAGCUGACCGUAGCGGACCGAGGGCAAGGCGAAUACAUGGGUGGCGUAUAAGCAUACAUCAGAGAUGGUGGCUCUAACGACACUGAAGACGAAAUAUGAAGACAAAGCAAAGAGGAAACGACAAGCGAUACUUAGGCUACACUCAACGCCAACUUACCUGUUGCCUUGUUAUGAAGACACUGGUGCGCUAUACCAGAGGCGGUAGAAGAGUUGUCCACUAUCGCUGUUUCUGGUCUACUAGUGAAUGUCAAACAGAUGCAUCCUAAUUGUUUUUGUUCUGGAUUUACACUGACAUAAUGUAUGGUGUCCAUGUGUUUUACCUUCAACCUAUUACGUGUUAUCAGUUAUUUAUGCGUUCUAUUUAUUGAUUCACAUAAGCGAGGAACCAAUGGAUUUGUUGCGCGUGCUUGACCCUAACCUUAGCUAUCAAUCCAUAACCAUCCAUAUCAUCAUUACUUAUUGUGGAAUGUAUUUUAUUGCAGGAUAAAAUAUCUAGCCCUAAUCCAGUGCGCAGGUCCAAAUCCGCAUCCAACUUCACCUGUACUCUUUUCUUUUUAUACCCGCGAAUUCCCCGGUCCCAAGUCCGUGUGUUCUUUCGACAAUUCUUUACCAAUGGAUCUUGCAAACAAAUUUUCGAUCCAUCUUGGCAUUGGUAUCGUGAAACUCGUUGUGUACACUUAUGAAUAUCUUACUUGGCCAUUAUACUACUUGUGUAGUAAGACGCUCAGAUACAUGCCGCUACCUAACUCUCCCGUCGAAAGUGACUGGACGUACAAUGAAGAAGAGAGUAGGACUCUGGCCAUGCCCAUCGUCAGUGGUGACCCUUCUACACCUUGGCGUGCGGUUGAAUCCAUGGACAGUCUUACGACGACCGCCUUCCCUGGUUGCCGCGAUAUGGUCAGUAUUUGGCUGCGCACCGUUAAGCUAUGGCCCGAUUUGCCAGCGUUUGGUACCCGCGCUGUAUUAGGUACUGAUUAUCGGACCUCUGCAGAUGGCCGACGGAUGAUUGAACUUACUCUAGGAGAGUACUCUUGGGAAACUUUCAUUGAUGCCGAACGUCGAGUUUCUCAUCUCGCCGCUGGCCUUUAUUCCAUGUUUGGCUCUGCGACCAAUGGCCGUCGACCAGUCGCUAUCUUCAGUGAAACACGCGCUGAAUGGGUUUAUGCCGCACAAGCUGCCUUUCGACUAAACGUUCCUGUCGUUACUCUAUACGCCACUUUGGGUGAUGAGGCUCUUAUCCAUGGAUUCAAUGAGGCUGAGGUUAAUAUAGUGUUCACCAGCGAUGAGUUACUAUCGAAGGUGAUAAAAAUAAUCCCACGAUGCAGUUCUGUGCAACGCGUCGUUUAUUUUACAAGUGGGGUAUUUAACCGGGAGCUAUACACUGACGUCGAUAAUUUGGCCGUGCCCACAGGUAGCGCCACAGCUAGCGUUGCGGAGGCAUUAACGAAGACUCCCCAAGGCCUGCAUCUGCAUGACAUAGUGGAGGUAGAACGUCUCGGAGCAGCUAUCCUACUGGCAAAUCGAGAAGGAUCUAGUCACAAAACCCCAGCGGCUUGCGAAGGUGCCGGGAAUCAUGCACCGAGCGUCAACCAUGGAUACCAAGGUUUAUGGAUGCCUCCAGUGGAAGAACGGCCGAAACCGUCGGAUCUAGCUGUCAUCAUGUAUACAAGCGGAUCAACUGGCCAACCGAAGGGCGUAGAACUAACCCACGAAUCUUUAGUCAGUGCAAUCGCCGGUCAUUUGCAGCGCCUCCCGAAAAUGCGCAGCAAUUAUGACAUAUAUAUUGGCUAUUUGCCCCUAGCUCAUGUUCUCGAACUGUGCUGUGAACUAUGCUGUAUGAUUAUGGGGGUUCGAAUCGGAUACUCGAAUCCCCAAACCCUUACAGAUACUUCAUCCCGUAUCAAGCGAGGCGCAUGUAAAGGCGAUGUUACCUUACUGCAACCUACUCUUUUUGCAAGUGUGCCCACUGUUUUGGAGCGCAUUUCAAAAGCCGUGUGGGAGAAAGUGAACUCCGGGGGCGAAUUUUCAAAAGCUCUGUUCCGCUUUGCUUAUGCGUACAAAUGUCGCCGUAUUCACGGUGGCUUUCCAAGUUUUCUCGUGGAUCGCCUCAUUUUUCGACGUGUACGAUCUCUCAUGGGUGGACGUUUGCGUUACAUUGUCAGCGGUGGUGCCCCAUUAUCGGAGGACUCACAACUAUUCGCCAAUAUCUGUUUGGCGCCAAUCAUCCAAGGUUAUGGCUUAACGGAAACCAGCUCUGCUGGUUGUCUAAUGGAAUGUGGAGAUUUGAGAUGCAAUCACGUGGGUGCUCCGUCUCCAUCUGUGCAGAUCAAGCUGCGCCCUUGGCCAGAAGGGGGCUAUUUUCCAGAAGAUAAGCCGUCUCCACGUGGUGAAAUUUUGAUCUCUGGGAGCCCUGUUUCUAAUGGAUACUACCGUCAACCGGAACUAACUGCAAGAGAUUUCUACAAAGAUGAGAGCGGUGUCAGAUGGUUUUGCACAGGUGAUAUUGGGCUGAUGCACACCGAUGGUUCUCUCUCCAUCAUUGACCGCAAGAAGGAUCUUGUCAAGUUACAGGCUGGGGAAUAUUUAUCCCUGAGCAAAGUCGAGUUGGCUCUCUGUCAAUCCAUUUAUGUCGAACAAGUCUGUGUGUACGCUGAUCCAUCGCAGCAGUAUGCAAUCUGCUUCGUAUCACCCAAGUACAAUGCGCUUAUCGAUCUCGCUUGUUCUUUAAAGCUUAAUCAUCUGAUCGAAGAAGCGAAAGCGAAUAUGGAUCCCAGGGAUCGUGAUAAUCCAACAUCCGUGCACCAGGCUCAACUGGCCGUCUUGUGCAAGUCCUCGGUUCUAACUGCUGCCGUUCUGAAAGAUCUUCAUCGUGUCGCGCGAGAGAAGCGCUUGAACACAUUCGAAAUACCCCAGAAAGUUCACCUUGAUCCGAUUUCUUGGACACCGGAUACUGGUUUAGUUACUGAUGCCCUGAAAUUAAAAAGAUUCAAUUUGCAAGCACGGUUUCAACACGAGAUUGAUCGCAUGUAUGAGAAGUCAACCCGGACUUGAUUCGGCUGAUUCGCAACCUGAUGAUUACGUAUCGUUUCCAAUUUUCUGAUCAGUCGUUAGAUUCUCGAUUCCUGACGUCCAUAUGGGUUCCUGAUCAAAGAGUACUCCUACCUACUUGUAUGCAUCGUUAGUGCUACACCAUAAACUUCUCUUCAUGUGUGAUGAUGUUCUGACACACGCGUGGGAUGUUUCUGUCACUCGGGUUCCCAAACCCUUUUGUCCAAACAUACCUCUUUUUGUACACUUCAGGAUGGCUUUCGCUUCCCAUUUUUCUUAACUUUUCCUGUUCAUUUUUAUCCUCAUCUCUCAACCUGAACUAUUUGUGUUUGAGUGACACGUUUUCAAUUUCCCCUAUGUCAUAUUGUAGUUUGGUCCUUUGCUUUUCCACCCAAUCUUGAUGAUUUUCAUGUUACUUUUGCAUUUUUCCAUUUUUUUUGUUUGCCUGCAAUGUGGCAACGUGCACAGUCUGUUUUUGCCUGUGUCACUACUACUACUUUUUGUAAUUCCGGCUUUGCCACCACCCCCCGCUCGUAUCGGUGCGUGUGUACAGCCACCUUUGUUCGCACACUUUUGUAACUUUGUCCUAUCAUCUGUUUCACUACGAAAAUGUCCAAAAACGUGACGUAGUACAUUCUUCUAAAUAUAGUCUUACAGAUCUGGACGCCAUUAACAAAUUGACGUUUGAGUGAAUCACGGGGUAUGCUAAGCCUCCGCAUGCCAACUAUUCCCAUUUCAUUGUUCGUAAUCACGACCAGAAAUCGAAUUGUGGUUGAAGAAUUCUUUUCGGAUAAAAUCUC